AACAGUUAACCAAAAGGUUAGGAAACUGAUGUGCAGUUCCUGUGUACUGUAUAGUUCUUUCUUACUGCUGUCAGAUAGAAAGCUUUCAAAUAAGGAGAAGGAAAAAAGAAACAUUUUGAAUAUAAAAGGUGGAGUACAGCCUAUAAUAUAGGAUGCUAAACCCCUAACUUCAUCAAAGCAUCAAAGCAACAAGGGUAGUCUUCAAAAUAGCAGAAAAUCAAUUUAAUAAUGAAGACGGCGAUAUUCACAAUACAUUUCAUUUUAUUGGAGCUGACAUGUACUUCUGGACAAACUACAGAUGCACAUUUGUAUCCAUUUGGCACAUCAGAAGGAGACAAAUCAAAUCCAAAAGUUGAUGACAGUGGAUCCCCUGCAAUACCUAUCGCAGUUGUAUUCCAUUUUUUUGAAACGUCAUACUCAUCCCUUUAUGUGAACAAUAAUGGAGUUGUUUCCUUUGGAGUAGCAGUGUCACAAUACACACCUGAUGCAUUUCCACUGGCAGAUGGACGAGCAUUUGUGGCACCAUUCUGGGCAGACAUUCACAGUGGUUUGUAUGGUGAGGUUUACUACAGAGAAAGUAAAAAUGACCAGAUUCGUAACAGAGCAACUGCAGACAUCAGAAGAUACUUUCCAGAUCUGCAGUUCACUGCUACCUGGGUAUUUGUAGCUACCUGGGACAGAGUAGCUUAUUAUGGCUCGUCAUCAAGAAAGGCAAACACUUUCCAAGCUGUCCUGAUCUCAGAUGGAUCCCUAUCAUUUAUUGUCCUAAACUACGGUAAGAUAGAGUGGACAACAGGCACUGCAAGUGGUGGUGCUGCUGCAACAGGAUUAGGUGGAACAGCUGCACAGGCUGGAUUUAACAGUGGAAACUCAAAACAUUACUUCAACAUCCCUGGGUCUCGAACAAGCAGUAUUCUGAAUAUUGGGUCAACAAGCAAUGUCAACUAUCCAGGAAGAUGGGUAUUCAGAGCAGAUGUAUUCAGUGUCGUUGGUGGAUGCACAUAUAAUGCACGAUUUCUAAGAAAUGGUGAUGUAUUCUGGCCAGAAAACAACUGUGAAAAAAAGUGCAAAUGUUCUGAAGACAAAGUUAUCUGCCAGAAUGAAGGCUGUUCUGCUUAUGAAAAAUGCCAGUCAUCCUCCUGGUACUACAUCUGCAAAACUGUGGGUUCAAAGACAUGCUCAGCAUUUGGUGACCCUCACUACCACACAUUUGAUGGAAGGCUAUUCCAUUUUCAGGGCACGUGUACAUAUGUUUUGUCAAUGGUAUGUGCAAACAGUCCAAAUAUCCAGAAUCUUACCACUUACAGAAUUGAGGUAAAAAAUGAGAACCGUGGAAAUGCACUGGUGUCUUGGACACGACUUGUAAGGGUGAUCACAUAUGGUACUGAAAUAAUUAUGACCAAAGACAACACAGACCAUGUCAUGGUGAACAACAUAACAACUUCACUUCCUUUGUCUCUAAUGAAUGGAAGAAUCAAAGUUUAUAAAAGUGGUUUUUCAGUCACUAUCACUACAGAUUAUGGAUUGGUUGCCAGCUAUGAAGGAAAUAACCAUAUCUCUGUCUCCGUACCUUUGAAUUAUUUCAAUUCUACCUGUGGACUAUGUGGAACUCUGACAAAUGACAUGUCUGAUGAUUUUCUGACAUCAACUGGAAAGAUAUCACAAUCAGAAGAACUAUUUGCCAAAAGCUGGAAGGUGCAGGAGAAUGAUGCAUCUUGCAGAGAUGACUGUAAUGGUACCUGUCCAACCUGCACACCAGAAAAGCAAGCGAUAUAUGCUAGAAAUGACUACUGUGGCAAAAUGGGUAACCCUCAAGGACCAUUUAGUGCCUGCAGCAGCGUUCUUUCCCCUAAUAAUUUUAUAGAGAGCUGCGCUUAUGAUCUUUGUAGCAUUGGUAAUGAUAUGACAACUUUAUGCGACGCUCUCACUUCAUACUCUGCACGUUGUCAGUCUGAAGGAGCACAAAUACAGUUAUGGCGAUCACCAAGCUUCUGCGGGAUCACCUGCCCAGAAAACAGUCAUUAUCAGUUCUGUGCUACUGCCUGUCCAGCAAGCUGUGCAGAUUCAACAGCUCCAUUGUACUGUACCCAGCCCUGCAAGGAGAGCUGUGUUUGUAAUGAUGGUUAUAUUCUAAGUGUGGGAAGAUGUGUUCCGCUGAGUCAGUGUGGGUGUCAGUACCAGGGUCGUUACUAUGAUAUUGGAGAGGAGGUGAUAACAACUGACAACUGUUCCACUAAAUGCAAAUGCAUAAACAGUAACAGCGGAAUGGACUGCCAAAAUUAUGGUUGCAUGCCUUAUGAGGAAUGCAAAAUUAAAAAUGGUGCUCGUGGUUGCUACCCAGCAAAGAAUGGAACAUGUUGGACUUCUGGUGAUCCGCAUUAUCACACCUUUGAUGACCGUCCCUUUGAUUUCCAAGGUAUAUGUAGAUAUACUCUGAGCAAAUAUUGUGGCUCCUUAACUCACCUUGUGAACUUCAGUGUUAAGGUAGUAAAUGAGCACAGAGGAGGAAGUACUGUUGUGUCAUGGACUCGGGAAGUACAGCUCACUGUCUACAGUCAUGAAAUUGUGAUGACAUCUGGAGAGAAGGGCAGAGUGAAGGUUAAUGGAAGUAGUACAAAUCUGCCUCUUAGUCUUGAUUCUGACAAAAUCCAUAUUUAUCAAAGUGGAUCAUCAGCUACCGUACAGACAUACUUUGGUUUGUCUUUGUCCUAUGACUGGCGCUACCUUGUUAAGCUCACCUUACCUGCUACUUACGAAGGACAGCUUUGUGGUCUGUGUGGAAAUUUUAAUGGGAAUGGAAGCGAUGACUUCACCAUGCCAAAUAGUUCACUGGCUAUGAAUGCCCUGAGCUUUGGAAAGAGCUGGAUAGAGCCAAAUUCAUCUGCAUCAUGCUUACCCACCGAAGAGGUUCCUGAAUGCUCUGAAGGCAAAAGACAGCAGUACAGCUCCUCAGUGCAGUGUGGAAUCAUCACAGCUGCAACUGGUCCUUUCAGAAACUGUCAUGAUAGAGUUGACAGUAGUAUCUACUUUGAAAACUGUGUCUAUGACCUAUGUGCUAUGAACGGAGAUCAAUCAACCCUUUGUGAGGCAGUGAAAAGCUAUGCUGUACAGUGCCAGGGACAUGGAAUAACUGUAGAUCAUUGGAGAAACAUCACAAGAUGCGCUCUGCCAUGUCCAGCAAACAGUCACUAUGAAAUCUGUGGGUCGCCAUGUCCAGCAUCUUGUGCAAACAUUUCAGUUCCUUUUAGAUGUCCAACACCAUGCACAGAAGUCUGUCAGUGUGAUAACGGCUUUGCCUUGAGUGGCAUGGAAUGUGUACCACUUUCAGAGUGUGGCUGUACAUACAACAAUAGGUACUACAAGGCAGGGGAGGUCUUCUGGAUGGGAAGAAAUUGUCAAGAGAAAUGCAUGUGUGAUGCAGUCACCAAAAAUGUACAAUGUUCCAGUUCCUCGUGUGCAUCUACAGAAAUCUGUGGAGACAAAAAUGGCUUCUAUGGCUGCCACAGGCUCCCUGAUGGUGUAUGUCGGGCUGGCGGUGACCCACAUUACAUGACAUUUGACAGAUUAAGUUAUGACUUCCAAGGGACCUGCAGAUAUAUUUUUGCUGAAUUGUGUAAUUCAUCUGAUACAAAAGACUAUUUUCGAAUUGAGGUUGCAAAUGAAAACUGGGUUGGUGUUCCAGUUUCUGUCACAGCAGAGGUCUUCAUUUUUGUAUACAAUACUCAGAUAGAAUUUCACAGAGGAAAUCCUGGAAUUGUUAAGGUAAAUGGAAGGAUUGUCAAUCUUCCAGUGUACUUCAAUCAAAGUCAGAUAGUCAUUAGCUCGAAUGGUGUUUAUACUGUCAUGAGAACCAGCUUUGGACUUACUAUCACAUAUGAUAUGAACUCCAUUCUGUCAGUCACCAUUGUUCCUGAAUACAGAGGCAGAACAUGUGGACUUUGUGGUAACUUCAAUGGACAAGCAUCGGAUGAUUUCACUGCCCGCUCUGGCUCCUUAGUAAGCAAUGCAUUUCUGUUUGCUUCAGACUGGAAAACCCAGGAUAACAGCAGACCUGGCUGCAAUAAUGGUUGCCAUGAAUCGUGUCCUGUUUGUACAAAGGAAAGCCUUCCCAAAUCGAUCUCAAGCUGUGGCAUUAUUAAGGCUAUCCAAGGACCAUUCUCACUAUGCCAUUCAGAUGUUGACCCAGAACCUUUUGUUCAAAACUGCAUCUAUGAUGUCUGCCUUUCUGGAAAUGAUAAUACCAUCUUAUGCCAGUCAAUUCAGGCAUAUGUAGUUGCUUGCCAAACAGCAAAUAUAACUGUGCUAAGGUGGAGGAAUCAAACGUCCUGUGGUUUUCCUUGUCCAGCUAACAGUCACUACGAGAUCUGUGGGUCUUCAUGCCCAGCAUCUUGCAUAAACCUUGGAUUUCCAAUCAGCUGCUCAACACCUUGCACAGAAGUCUGCCAGUGUGAUGAUGGGUUUGUGCAGAGUGGCACAGAUUGCGUACCUGUGGCACAGUGUGGCUGCACGUAUAACAACAGAUACUACAAGGCUGGGGAGGUCUUCUGGAUGGGAAGCAAAUGUGAAGAGAGAUGCAUGUGUGAUGCAGCCACAAAAUCUGUUCAGUGUAACAGUUCCUCCUGUACAUCUACUGAAAUCUGUGGAAAUAAAAAUGGCAUCUAUGGCUGUCACAGGCUCCCUGAUGGUGUAUGUCGGGCUGGUGGUGACCCCCAUUACAUGACAUUUGACAGAUUAAGUUAUGACUUCCAAGGUACCUGUAGAUAUAUUUUUGCUGAAUUGUGUAAUUCAUCUGAUACAAAAGACUAUUUUCGAAUUGAGGUUGCAAAUGAAAAUUGGGUUGGUGUUCCAGUUUCUGUCACAGCGGAGGUCUUCAUUUUUGUAUACAAUACUCAGAUAGAAUUUCUCAGAGGAAAACCUGGAACAGUUAAGGUGAAUGGAAAAGUUGUCAAUCUCCCUUUGUACUUCAAUCAGACUCAAAUGGGUAUUAACUGGAAUGGAGUGUAUAUAGUUUUGAGAACCGAAUUUGGUCUGACUGUCACUUAUGAUAUGAAUUCCAUUCUUUCUGUAAUGAUUGCUCCUGAAUAUAGAGGCAGAACCUGUGGCUUGUGUGGCAACUUCAAUGGACAAACAUCAGAUGAUUUCACUCUGCGGUUAGGGUCUGUAGAAAGCAAUGCAUUUCACUUUGCUUCAGAUUGGAAAACCCAGGAUAACAGCAGACCUGGCUGCAAUAAUGGUUGCCAUGAAUCAUGUCCUGUUUGCACAAAGGAUCAAAUAGCCAAAGCAGCUUCCAGCUGUGGCAUUAUAAAGGAUACCCAGGGGCCAUUUACACUAUGUCACUCAGAUGUUGACCCCGAACCAUUUGUUCAAAACUGCAUCUAUGAUGUCUGCCUUUCUGGAAAUGAUAAUGCCAUCUUAUGCCAGUCAAUUCAGGCAUACGUAGCUGCUUGCCAAGCAGGAAAUAUAACUGUGCUAAGCUGGAGAAAUCAAACGUCUUGUGGUUUGCCAUGCCCAGCUAACAGUCACUACGAGAUCUGUGGGUCCUCAUGCCCAACUACUUGUGUAAACCUUGAAUUUCUACUCAGCUGCUCAACACCUUGCACAGAAGUCUGUCAGUGUGAUGAUGGGUUUGUGCAGAGUGGAACAGAUUGUGUACCUGUGGCACAGUGUGGAUGCACGUAUAACAACAGAUACUACAAGUCUGGGGAGGUCUUCUGGAUGGGGAACAACUGUGAAGAGAGAUGCAUGUGUGAUGCAGCCACAAAAUCUGUUCAAUGUUCCAGUUCCUCCUGCACAUCUACUGAAAUAUGUGGAAAUAAAAAUGGCAUCUAUGGCUGCCAUAGGCUCCCUGAUGGUGUAUGUCGGGCUGGAGGUGACCCCCAUUACAUGACAUUUGACAGACUAAGUUAUGACUUCCAAGGUACCUGCAGAUAUAUUUUUGCUGAGCUGUGUAAUUCAUCUGAUGUAAAAGAUUAUUUUCGGAUUGAGGUUGCAAAUGAAAACUGGGUUGGUGUUCCAGUUUCUGUCACAUCUGAGGUCUUCAUAUUCAUAUACAAUACUCAAAUAGAAUUUCAUCGAGGAAAUCCUGGAAAAGUUAUGGUUAAUGGAAUAAUUGUCAGUCUACCGGUGUACUUCAACCAAAGCCAGAUAACUGUUUUUCGGAAUGGAGCAUAUACUGUUAUGAAAACCAGCUUUGGUCUGACAGUCACUUAUGAUAUGAGUUCCAUCCUAUCUGUCACCAUUGCUCCAGAAUAUAGAGGCAGAACCUGUGGUUUGUGUGGUAACUUUAAUGGACAUGCAUUCGAUGAUUUCACUGUACAUGCUGGUUCACUGGUGCAAAGUGCAUUCUUGUUUGCCUCAGACUGGAAAACACAGGAUAACAGCAGAGAUGGCUGCAGUAAUGGUUGCCAUGAAUCAUGUCCUGUUUGCUCAAAGGAACACCUUGCAAAGGCAUCCUUAAGCUGCAGCAUUAUAAAAGAUGCCAAAGGGCCAUUUGCACUAUGCCACUCGGAUAUUGACCCUGAGCCUUUUGCUCAAAACUGCAUUUAUGAUGUCUGUCUUUCUGGAAAUGAUGAUGCCAUCCUAUCGCAGUCAAUUCAGGCAUAUGUUGGUGCUUGCCAGUCAGCAAAUAUAAAUGUGCUGAGCUGGAGGAAUGAAACAUUCUGUGCAAUGCAAUGUCCUCAAAACAGCCACUAUGAGCAAUGCGGUCAUAACUGCUUUACAUCAUGUGCUCCUGGACUAACAUCAAGUUACUGCAACACACCCUGUUUUGAAGGCUGUUUCUGCAAUGAUGACUUCUUGCUGAGUGGUGACAGUUGUGUUCCAGCUGACCAGUGUGGCUGUGUCCAUAAUGGUGUUUAUCAUACAGUUGGGGACAUAUUCUGGACUGAAGGCUGUACUCAGAAAUGUAAUUGCUUGUCACCAAAUAAUCUCAGAUGUGUCCCUUCGAACUGCAAUGAAACCCAACAAUGCACUGCACGUCAUGGAAAACUGGGAUGUCUGAGUACCUUUGGCACUUGCACAGUUGGAGGAGACCCACAUUAUUAUACCUUUGAUGGGUCUAGUGCUCAUUUCCAAGGAAGCUGCUCUUAUGAAAUUGCUAAAACUUGUAAUCAUUCAUCUGACUUUGGAUUCACUGUUAGUGCUGAAAACCGGAGAAGAGGAAACCCCCACGUGUCGUAUGUUUCACGAGCGGAAGUUCAGCUAUGGAGUGGAAGAAUUCAGGCAAAAGUCAUUCUAGGAGCAAGUAGAACUGUACAGGUUAAUGGAGAAAAUAUGGCAUUGCCUGCUAGUAUUGAAUCCUUGGCUUCCAUCUCACAGUUUGGUAAUAUGGUGGUUCUUAAAACAUCGAGAGAGGUUGAAGUGCACUACGACGGCCUUAGCACCUUGAUUGUCAGAGUGGGGAAGCAGUAUAAAAAUGCUUUAUGUGGAAUGUGUGGAAAUUUUAAUGAUGACCCUAAAGAUGAUAAGACUAUGCCUAAUGGAGAAGCAGCAAGAAAAGACCAGCAGUUUGGUAAUGCUUGGAAAUCACCAAACAGCAGGAAAGGAUGUGAAGAUGAUACUGAGACCACCAAACCAGUGUGUGAUGACUUAAAAGAGAAGGAGAGUCUCUGUAAAAUCAUAACCGAAGCACCAGGACCAUUCGUUGACUGUCACUGGCAUGUGGAUCCUAUGCCUUACUAUACCUCUUGUGUCUAUGACCUCUGUCAUUAUGGAACAGCAAACAGGAUGCUUUGUACAGCCAUUGGCUCAUAUCAGGAAGUUUGUCAGACACAUGGUGUAGAGAUUCCAACAUGGCAAACCAGUGUAAAUUGCUCUCUGCCGAGUCCCUGCGAAACUCAUAUGUGCACUGACAAUGAGUGGUGUGGAGAAUAUUAUGGAGAAUACGGUUGCUACUGUUAUGACAGUUCGGAUAAGGAAAUAAAAAAUUCCUAUGAUUACAAAGCAAAUUGCACUGGCAGCAGCAGCUUUGUUUCCCUGUCACGCUGCAUGGUGUUUACUGAUGGUGUUCAGUCAAGUGCCUUACAUCUGAAUGAUCCACAGUGUACUGGGAGAGUACAAGAUGGCAGGCUUAUAUUCCCCUUUGAUACCAAUAAAAGAACAUGUGGCAUGAAAAUGCAGGUUAAUGCAACACAUUUUAUCUACUACAAUGCCAUUCAAGGGAGAAAUGAAGACAAUUAUGGCAGUGUAUCAAACAGGGGGAAGAAAGUAUAUAUUGGCUUCACUUGUGAAUAUCCUCUGACCAUUAAUACAUCAUCACCUAGUUCUGGAAAGCCAGUAGAAAGUGUUAUCAAGGCAGCCUUCCAAUCUGGUUUAGGAUCAUAUGAGGCGAAGAUGAUGCUUUACCGUGAUUCUAAUUACAGCCAAAGGUUUACAGAUGCUUCUCUGGCACUUCGUGCGAAUGAUAAACUUUAUGUCGGAAUCAUUGUAACAGGAAUUGAUCCAAACAUGUAUGUAACAACACUUGCUUCAUGCUGGACCACUGUAAAAAAAGAGCCUUCUUCAAGUUCCAGAAAAGAUCUGAUUAUUAACCAAUGCCCAAAUCCAAAGGACUACGAUGUUGCUAUUGAUGAAGAUGGUGAAUCGCCAGUUGGAAGAUUUUCCUUCGUUGCAUUUAAUUCUGUGAAGUCUGGAGGGGAAAUCUAUCUUCAUUGCAGAAUUCAGCUUUGCAAUAUUCAGAAAACAACAUGCAGUGCAGACUGUUUAGAAAUGCAGCCACCAAAUGAUGAAAGAGAAGAACCUAAGGAUCUCCUUACCUGUGGACCAAUUUCUCAAUCAGUUUCUACAAGUGGAACCAAGCACAACUCCUUUUCAUUGUUUAUCCUAGUCUUGUUGUUCACCGUCAUCGUUUUUGUCCCUUAUAAAUAGCGUUAUCCAAUUCCAUGAGCAAAGCAUACCACUUGUCAUGUUAAAUUAGAAUAUAUAUAUAUAUAUAUAUAUAUAUAUAUAUAUAUAUAAAACAUAUUUUGUAUCUGAAGAGGGUCAAAAAGUGCUUUUUAAAUUUGUCAAUACUGUGAGAGCUAAGGCUUAUUUUAGAGUUAAAAAUAGAUGUGAUAUUUAUUUCUUGGAUGUUACUAAACUUGAUUAAUAGUUCUGAAAAUGGAUUAUCUUAAUAUUUUACAGAUAAGCAGAACUUAAACUAAACAUAUUGAGUGUUUUUGUACAAACUGCUAGAUAGUUACAUUCCUAGAGGAAAAUCAUCAGUGUAGUUUGAAAUGAAGUAUCACUUUUACUUUGAUGAGAUCAUUCUGAUUUAUAUAACAUCCUAGCAAUUUAAAAUAAACUCAGUGUCCUAUUUUGA